AUGAGCGUCGUCAAUAAUGAUGGUAUAUUCCCUCCUCUCACUCCAGAUUAUAUUCUAGCUUUUCAGUUCUCCAACUGGUACCCAUCAUUCGCUCGUGUGUCUCCCAAAUCAACCAUCAUCAGACCACUGGGAAAGGACUUCAAGCAUUACUUAGAAUCUGAUAGUAUAUUCGUCCCGGAGGGUUCUGAAGACGUGGCAGCGGAAAGCACGAUUUCUGAUGACGACGAUGACGGCGAACACGAUGACACAACGACCACUGAGGAGCAUUUUUCUUUCCCAGAAUUGGACGAACGAAUAAGGUCUGUUAUUAGAGAAUACAAAGCUGUCUUUCCCAAGCUGAAUUUUUCAUCACCCAAGGACGCUUCGUGGGUGCUACCGGCGUCUUCUCCGCUCAAAUGUACAUCCCCAGCGGAUGUCUACCUUCUUCUGAAGUCCUCUGAUUUCAUUACCCACGACCUCACCAUCGAAAGUGUAUUGGAUGAUUGCAAAACCGAUGAUCUUCCCAACUACGAACUAGAACUUGUACUUCGAAAAUGGUACCCAGUGGACCAUAGUCGUGAAGUCAGAUGCUUCGUAAGGAAUGACAUACUUGUCGGCAUAUCGCAAAGAGACACGAACUUCUACGACUUCGUGAUCAACCUCGAGAUCCAAAGGACAAUCAGGACAACUGUUUAUAACCUCUGGAAGGAAAUCGUCCGACCCAAUUGGACCUUUUCACAGAAGGAUUAUGUCAUUGAUUUGCUAUUAACACGUGAUCUUUCAAGCGGACACAUCAUCGACCUCAAUCCUUAUGCUCCAUGUACCGAUCCGUUGUUAUUCACGUACGAGGAACUUCAUGAAGUACUGUCCAAGGCAAAUCAAGAUACCACAGCAAGCUGGACAUUCCUCCCAGAACUGCGUGUGAUCGAUUCACCACUUCAUCCCGCUGCAACACUCAACAUGCCGGCAUAUCGGCACAACAGGGUGCCAAUCGAGGCGUUGACCUUGAGUGAAGGCCGAAAUAUAGUGGAGUUCAGCGAGGUAUGGCAGGAGGAAGUAGCCCGGGCAGUACGUGAGGACAACUAG